CUCUGCAAAAAAAGACAGCAAAUAUACCCCAAAAAGAAGGUUGUUUUAUAUGGCUGCUGUUAUGAACAACUUCUCUACUGCCGUAUUACUAAUCGUGUUUUUCUGUUUUUCUUCCUUAUGUCUCUCCUCUGCACUACCACUCCUUCAAGAUAAUGAGAAUGCUAUUUCAGAACUUACCACCAUUUCCAAGACUGAUCAUGAUCCAAAGGGCUUUAGUGCAAGACGAGUGGGAGGAAGAAAAGUUUCUUUACACAAGGUGGUGAGCCUAGCAAAGGUUAUUAAACCAGAAAAACAAGGUGGCUCUGACCAAGUUGAAGGAAAAUUAGGCAGCAGCAAGCAAAACAUAACAAAUGGGGUUCAGAAGUUGAACUCCAAGCAAGCUAAUAGUAGUGUUGCUGGUCAUUAUUCUGCCAAGAUUAAUGAGGCUGCUGGUUUUGUUGCCUUCAACGCCGACUACCGCGCACCGAGACACCAUCCUCCCAAGAAUAACCGAUGAAAGAUCUUACUGAUAACAAAGUUAUAUUUUUCUGUUUACCUUGGCUUACUUUUCUUAUUUUAGUACCAUCUUAUGCUAUUGAUGGUUAUGUUUAUUGUGUUUUGAGUGUGUAUACUACUUGGAAAAGAUAGUGAGUUGUUGUACUGUUCUAAUAUAAUAUAAAUUGUUUGCUUAACCCACACAGGGAAAUCAAAAUCAACCCUGCUGGUUUAAAUUUUUGGUAGUUUUGAUCCUUUUUAAUCAGUUGUCAAAGAUAAG